GAUGCUUAGGACUCAGGAGGGAGAACCAGCCAGGCAGCACAUCACAGCGGGAGGAGCUGUCCCAGGUGGCGCAGCUCAGCAAUGGCAAUGGGGGUCCCCAGAGUCAUUCUGCUCUGCCUCUUUGGGGCUGCACUCUGCCUGACAGGGUCCCAAGCCCUGCAGUGCUACAGUUUUGAGCACACCUACUUUGGCCCCUUUGACCUCAGGGCCAUGAAGCUGCCCAGCAUCUCCUGUCCUCACGAGUGUUUUGAGGCUAUCCUGUCUCUGGACACCGGGUAUCGCGCGCCGGUGACCCUGGUGCGGAAGGGCUGCUGGACCGGGCCGCCUGCCGGCCAGACGCAAUCGAACCCGGACGCGCUGCCGCCAGACUACUCGGUGGUGCGCGGCUGCACAACUGACAAGUGCAACGCCCACCUCAUGACUCAUGACGCCCUCCCCAACCUGAGCCAAGCACCUGACCCACCGACGCUCAGCGGCGCCGAGUGCUACGCCUGUAUCGGGGUCCAUCAGGAUGACUGCGCUAUCAGCAGGUCCCGACGGGUCCAGUGUCACCAGGACCAGACCGCCUGCUUCCAGGGCAAUGGCAGAAUGACAGUCGGCAAUUUCUCAGUCCCUGUGUACAUCAGAACCUGCCACCGGCCCUCCUGCACCACUGAGGGCACCACCAGCCCCUGGACAGCCAUCGACCUCCAGGGCUCCUGCUGUGAGGGGCACCUCUGCAACAGGAAAUCCAUGACCCAGCCCUUCAACAGUGCUUUGGCCACCACCCCUCCCCGAGCGGUACAGGUCCUGGCCCUGCUCCUCCCGGUCCUCCUGCUGGUGGGGCUCUCAUCAUAGACUGCCCCUCCAGGAUGCUGGGGACAGGGUUCACACACCUCCUUCUUGCUGCUUCAGCCCCUAUCACAUAGCUCACUGGAAAACGAUGUUAAAAUAAGAAUUGCACUCCUGUCCCUCUGGCCUUCCAUCUCUCCCUCCCUCGUGCCCCCCUGGUCAACAGGACUGGAAGAAACUGGACACAGUCACCAGUAUCCCAGGGGAGGGCAAAACAGCCAUGUCCUGCCCUGAUGAAGAGCAAUUCUCAUCACAGCUGUUACUUACUGAGCACCAGGCACCCCGUAACACGGCUUCCUGUGCUCUCCUUCCAGAGCUUGUCGCAGCUCUAGGGUGGAGCUAUACAAUGAUGUCUUUAUUAGUGUCAUCAUGAGAGGCCCAAUAGCAGUAUGCCCUAACAGUUAGUAGGCCAGCCUCUGGAGGUAAGCUGCAUGGGUUCAAAUCCUGGCUCCACCAUUCAGCCUACGGAGACCAUGAGCAAGUUACUUAAGCCAGGCUCUGGAGCUAAGCUGCAUGGGUUCAAAUCCCAGCUCCACCAUUCAGCCCGCAGAGACCAUGGACGAGUUACUUGAAUUCUCUGUGCCAAUAUUUUCUCACCUAUAAGGUGGAGGUGAAAAUAAACUCUAUAAAUGAUGACAAGAACUGCUUCACAGUAGUUGUGGUGAGGAUUCAACAAGAUUAACAUUUAGUACUUGGGACACAGCAGUGACCCAGUGUAAGUGGGCUACUGUCAUAAGCUCUAAGUCACAGGUCAACAAACUGAAAGGCAAAAGCACUUGGUUGAGCUUGUGUAUCUAGUGAGUAGAGAAUCAAGAAUCAGAUUCCCAGCCCCAUGAACUGCUAAGCAACACCACCUCCCAAACACAUGAGUGCCAAGUAACUUCACAGAAAAACACAAAAGGCAAAGUUCAGCGAGGUGAAAUUCUUCAAGCUGUAAAGAUCAGGGAAGACUUCCUGGAGGAAUUAACCCUUGAGAAAAAUCCUAAAGGAUCAAUAGUAGCUGGCAAAAAGAAGCAAGAGGAAGGGCAUUCUAGGUAGAGGAGACAGCCUGGACAAAGGUCUGAGGGAGGAAGGAAUACAGGGUGUACAGGACACUUUCAUAAGUGCAUGAACUUCAUAGAGAUGGGAUCCUUCAGCAUGUUCUCUGUGCACAUGCUUUACUAUGUUCUUUCACAUGCUUUUUGCCACUUGAUCUUUCCAACAACUCAGUGAGGGAAGCAAAAAAGUAAGUUGCAUCCUGC